GCGCGUCAUCAUAACCUUCGCCAUGACUAUACGCGGUACACGAACACCCGGUUUGUUUUCACAACAACAUGGACUUCGACAAGAGCGCGUGUGUCGUUUAGUUUGUGUUCUUAUUACCAUUUAACGUAAUUUUCCGAUACUUAUUAGAUAACACCGUAAUUUAAGAAUAUCAUGGUAAUAAUAUACGGAACUAUGGACUCUUACGACCGCGACACCGAUGUAAAAGCAGGUGUGCGUGUUUAUACGUUUACCGAUCGUCCCGACAGGGAGAAUGAAUUCAAGUGGUGGCAUUCGUUUUGUUUACGAUGCCACGAAGAGGACCGUACGCCGUCCCAUGAGCCAACAUGGUGGAAAAAAGUCUUCCCCUUUCCAUUGUUCCCGACGUUCCGACAAUCAGCACAACAAAUAUGCAUAGCGAUGUUCUUUUUACUUACUUGGGGGAUUCUAUACGCCGAGCUCGGAAGCCCAUUCAGCAUAAAUGGAGAGCUCCUGAGCAUGACAGUUCUGGUUAUCGCAGCGUACUUAAUCGGUUGGGUCUGGUUAAAGAUUACAACCUUGCCUGCUCUUAUUGGCAUGCUGCUUACUGGAAUAAUUUUUCAAAACUUGGGUUUAGUCCAUAUAAGUGAUACUUAUAGAAAACUUAAUCAAGAUCUAAGGAAAAUCGCCUUAGUCAUAAUACUUACGCGAGCGGGCUUAGGAUUAAACGCCAAUGUUCUUAAGAAACACUAUGUGGCUGUUUUGCAACUGGGCCUUCUUCCUUGGCUAGUCGAAUGCUUGGCCAUUGGAGUAACUACACACUUCUUGUUAUAUUUGCCUUGGAUUUGGGCAUUUCUCUUGGGCUCCAUGAUUGCUUCCGUAUCUCCUGCAGUGGUUGUACCAUGUUUGUUCAGAUUACGAGAUGUUGGCUAUGGGGUGAAUAAAGGAAUACCAACUUUGCUACUAGCUGCAGCAGCUAUUGAUGAUUCAGUUAGUGUCGCUGUUUUUGCGAUAAUAUUAAAUGCUAUGUUUUCUUCUGGUUCUAUGACUUUUAAUAUCAUCAAGGGACCUUUAUCAAUAUUAGUUGGAGUUUUAUUUGGAUCUUUAUGGGGUGCGCUAUUAUCAUUUAUGCCAGAAAGAAACGACACUUACGUAGUUACUCUACGAUUCCUGGGCCUGUUCUUGGGGGGAUUAUUCUCAUUAUUCAUAUCAAGUUUAAUAGAAUGGAGUGGUGCUGGUCCAUUAGCAAUUAUAUCAUCCGGGUUUAUUGCUACUUAUUUCUGGGAGAAACAGGGAUGGCCUGUAAAUAAAAACCCAGUCAGCGAUCUGUUUAGAAUCCUGUGGAUAUUCUUCGAGCCUAUACUUUUUGCAUUUACUGGUGCUCAAAUAACGCUGAGCGCUUUGGAUCCGCAAGUGAUUUCUAUGGGAGCAGUGUGUCUUGUUUCAUGUUUGAUGCUCCGUAUUGUGUCAACAUUUCUUUUGAGUUUUGGAUGCGGCCUUAAUAGCAAGGAGAAACUAUUCAUUGGACUGACAUGGUCAGCCAAAGCUACUGUUCAGGCGGCUUUGGGACCUGCAGCGCUAGACUUGGUGAAUAGUGGGCUAACAGCUGGUGGAAUUUUGGCAGAGGAAGAACAUUUUGCCAAGGCAAUUCUUGCAGUCAGCGUGUUGAGCGUCAUCAUAUCCGCACCACUAGGAGCCAUUCUGAUAGCGAUCACUGGACCACGUUUGCUCAGUUGUGAUGGAAACGGCGUUCAGAAAAGCGAUCCACCUCCAAAUGAAGAUUUACAGUCUACUUUAUAAUUUAUAAAAUAUUUAUUUCGAACGUUAUUAAAUCCACCAAAUGUAGUUAUUAUAAUA